GACUCGUCGCGGGUGGUGGGGUGUAAGAGGGGUCCAGGCAUGGAGAGGGCGCAGUACCGCGCUAUCCUCCGUAUCGUUGACACGUCGAGCGGAAAGAGUGCGGCGAGGAAAGGAUUGAGGAGAGAACGGGGUGAGAGAGAGAGAGAGAGAGAGAGGGGGAGAAAGCGAGAGAGACGGUCGCUCGUUUGUCAAUCGACACGCACUCGCGCGAUUGCACGCGCGUGAAUUUUUCUGUUUCCGAGCGCGCGGUGUCCGUCCGUGGAGAACUUCCGGAGCGGCCUCGCGCGAGCGCGAUCGAGCCUUGCGUACUCUCGAUGAUCUAUCGGUGAUCGAUCGCCCGGCGACAGAUCAUCCGGGAUCGUCCGCGUGACGCGUGGGUGAACUCGUUAUUCGCGAGUGAUUGGUGAAAUUGUCCCGUGUGCCUAAUCCCGAGGGAGCUGCCGCGUCCGCCGCGAGGGACGACGAUGCUGGCAAUCCUGUUCGCCGCGGCGCUCGCCGUCGCGAGGAUCCGCGCCAGCCAGGUGACCAUGGACGCCAAGAUACGCGACGACUCCGACUUGUCCCAGUUCUACCAGCUGCUGGAAGCGAGUCAAGUGGCCAACACCACCCUCACGUAUCGCCACGUGACCGUGUUCGCGCCUACCAAUCGGGCGUUCCAGAAGUACAAUGGGAGCCUCAAGAAUCUGGUCUUGUAUCACAUGUCGAACCGGCCUUUGACGAUCGAGGAGCUAAGGGACUCGAUAUCCUCCGAGUUGGAGGGCAACCCACCCCUGUGGAUCACCAGGAGACCGGGCAAGUACGGCGUGGACGUGUACAUUAACAACGCGAAGAUCCUCCUGGAGCAGAGCAACUUCCAGUCUAAAUUGAAAGUCAACGGCGACACUAUGACACAGGUCCUGCAUAUCAUAAACGAAGUUCUGGAGCCGGUGCGAUCCAACUCGGCGGAAACGCCGAUCUACAACCCGAACGCCUUUCAAUUUCUGAACCAGAGCGAGAAUCUCAAUUUGGGCGACCAUCGCGUGCGCACCUUCCGACAGCGGAUCGUCAUCUCGAAGAAGGAAGGUAUCUUCAAGGCCGAGGGUCGCUUCACCUUCUUCAUCCCCGUCGACGAGGGUUUCAAGCCGGAGCCGAGGCCGAACAAGAUUGAUCAGCGGGUGAUCGACGGGCACGUUCUAUCCGGCGAGGUUCUCUUCACCGCGCCGACGCCGGACAAAGUGCCGUACCCGACCCUCGUGUUCUCCGACAAUCUGAAAGUCGUCGUCAGCUUUCUCAAGUCGCAAAAUAAAGUCUACGUUCAAUCGGACACGCUGCUGGGCGAUGCGAACCACCAGUCCGGUGUGGUGCUGGCGGAAAUAGUGAAGGCGAACAUCCCGGUGCGCAACGGUGUCGUCCAUCUGAUACAACGACCGCUCAUGGUCGUCGACAGCACGGUGAAGGAUUUCCUGGAGUCCUUCAAGGAAAAGGAGGAUGGACCGGUGUACAAGUUUUACGAGACCAUCCGCGAUUUCGGGGACGACAUUAUGACCUCCAUCAAUCAGCUGACUGAUGUUACCCUCUUCGCGCCCAGCAACGACGCGCUGGAGGAGCCGGGCGUGAAGCAGAUGCUGCAGGACAAGAACCGCAUGAGGGAAAUCCUCAAGCUCCACUACGUCAAGGAGCGGCUAACCCUCGAGAAGAUCAAGAGCAAGAGCGUCAGCCAAAAAUCGUUCAACGGGAGGUCGCAAAGCGGGGUAAUUACAGAUUCAUACAGCUUUCAAUGUUCCCUAGUUUUUUCUCCCCCUCCCCUUUUUUUGCGUAAACUGUUGGCAAACUCUCUAGCUGCAUCCAUUCGCACUGUCCGCUUUCAUGCGCUUCUCGAUGUUGAACGUAUUACGAGCGCGAAACGAAUGCGAGCUAACAUUUCCAACACUAACACGCCGCGCCGGGGCAUUCGGCAAUCGAUAGCGUCAAUAAAUCUCGCCCCGCCAAUAGCUUUAGUAAUCGAACGCCAAAGAGAUUUCUAUUCUUGCCGCGAUACACGGUAUACGAGGUGGUCGGAAAGUCACGUUGAAAUUUAGCGGGCGAGAUUUGACUGAUGCGUCGACGCUCGGCAAAAGGAAUGCAUUUUCGUCCUCGCGAUUCCUUCAAACUCCGCACCCAAGGGGGCAACCACCAGCUAAAAUGUUGUCCCGCCGAUUACAGGAUUUCAUCCGAUUAAAAAUACUUUCAUCUAAUUAUAAUUUUCUUAUACGUUUGAAAAUAUGUGACGUUAAUCUCAAAGAUUCACCAAAACUUUCUCAAGUCGAGCAAGUGAAUUUAUGUCAAAUUUAAUGUUUAUUGUCUAACAAGUGAAGAAACUUAAAGAUAAAGACAAAGGGAUAUAGGGAUUUCAUAAAGAUUUUACAAUGAUUUUGGAGACACUGUCCCACGAUUAGAUUAAGUGGUUACCCCCUUGUCCGCAUCUCUCGGCGUGUCGCGAAGAAGCGGACUACGUCGCGGACCAUCUCGCGGCGUGUUAAGGUCAGAGCACAAAGCAACGUAAUGGCUUACGACAAAGACGCAAGCGUAAACGUAGAGAGCACACUUACCUCUAAUUACUAGCGGCGUGACAUUUUGACGGUAUCUUUAUACGCAAAAUGCCCCAAGAACGUUUUUAAUGUAAUUUUUUUACAAUUUGGAGUCCCCAGCUUCGUUUUAACACGUUUUUAAAAAGCAAAAUAGCGCCAAGUAGCGUUCAAGUAACGUUAAAAAUCGCAAUUUUUCUUAGCAAAUAUUUCUAACGUCUAUGUUGUAUCCUAAACCAAAGAGAUUUAUGCCUAAGACUAGUUUUUAUUUACUUCUUUUAGACAUCUUACUGCUUUUGUAGCCUGAAAAUGAUAUGUAAUUUUAAGUUGUUCUAGCAAAACAUCAAGGCCCGGUUUCACCGCGUUGUUUAGCUUUGAGCUUAAUUUCUUCUUCGCCUCUUUCUAAAGUAACAGUUGGAAAGAGACAAAGAACGAAUUAAACCAAGUUUGCCUCUGAUCACGGCAUUAUCAAAAACAUUGUCAAAAUAACGCAAGAAAUCUGGAAAAACAAAACGCAAACGAUGCUAAAAUAUAACAUCAAAAUAACGUAAAAUCUGGAAAAAC